AUGCCACCUCUUGCCAGCCCAGGCACAGUCGCCACCGACAACGUCUGCAAUGGACCCAGCGCGCGCACCCAACCUCCAGCAGGAGCUAUCGGAGUGGCCAACAUCCCCAACACGACAGAUGAACACACGCUCUUCGUGUUCCCCGGGGUCUACCGUGAACAAGUGUUCAUCGAUCCGUUGAAUGGCCCCUUGGUGCUGCAGGGCUACACCUGCGACACCAUGUCGUACGCUGCGAACCAAGUGACCAUCACCCAGGCCAAGGCUCAGCGCGACAUCCCAAUGGACUACAUCGGAGACCGCAACUACCCGACCAGCACCAUGGGUCUCGCGGCGAGCAACGUGAAGAUGUACAACCUCAACGUCGCCAACACGGCCGGCAAAAUCGGCGGUAAAGUGGGUCAGGCCGUGGCUGCGUACGUGGGGAACGGGACGGACUACGGCUUCUACGCGUGUAACUUCAGUUCAUACCAGGACACGCUCUGUGCGAUGAACGGCAAGCAGCUCUACGCUCGCUCGUACAUCGGAGGUGCUGUCGACUUCAUUUUCGGCAAAGUCGCGACUGCGUGGUUCGAGGACUGCGAUAUCGAGUCGGUCGGAAAGGGUGGAUUUAAUUCGACGUAUCUGGGUCGCCCAUGGCGUCCCUAUUCCCGCGUCGUGUUCGAGAACAGCGAGCUCAGCGACAUCGUCCGUCCGGACGGGUGGAAGAUGUGGAACAACGACACCAACACGGCCAACAUUUUCUACAAGGAGUUCAACAACACUGGCCUCGGUGCGGCCACCGACAAGCGAGUGACUUUCAGCGGGAAACUGGACAAACCGGUGCUCAUCACGGACACCUUCGGCGAGAAGUACACGUCGGAGUGGUGGGUGGACGCCAAGUAUCUGUAA